AGCUAGAAAGGUCAAGGAUUAACAGGCCAGCAGACAAACAAACCGACGGAAAUGAGUGACAUCCUUCAAUUUCCUCCAUUGUAUUCCCAACAUCUCCGCGUAUAACAAGGCAAUAGAUACAUAACGGUCAGGUUAUUUGGAUGCAUCAAAGGCGUCUGCUUUUUUAUAUUACGUCAAGAGGCUAAAAACAUGCAAGGGCGAGAGGCCCAUGGAUAACCGUGGUACAUGGGUACGGGUGGAAGUGCAGGUGUGCGAACUGUGGAACGAUCUAUCGCGCGACAUCGAUAUCGACAUGAGGUGUAUGACCGUGACUACGACCGCAUUGGUACUAGUGGUGUUUGCGCUAUGCUGGGGCUGGACUAAGCAGCAGUACUUGGAUGAAGGUAGGUUAGAUGCUGUUUUUUGUUCCGGAAAGUGGUACUAUGGUAUUUAAGUUAUCUGUAUCUAUUUGUGUCAUAGAGACCAACAGUUUU